AUGUCCCAGGUCGCUUCGACACCACCAUCCAGGGCAUUGCCACCCAUUCCAGCCGACCAAGAAGCCUACAGCGCGCAUCGUCCCGCCUCGAACGGCCCAAGUGGUUUCCAGCAGCGCAAACCCCCCGCCGCGCGCCACUCCUCAACGCCCUCUUUCAGCAUCACCGAGCACCACGACACAGCAGGCGGACGCGACUCGAGACAGUCCGGCUCUUCUUUCAACCAAAGCUCCGACGGCCACUCGAGAACGCCCUCGCGAGAAACUCCAGACAUUGAGCACAGAUUCUCGGGGAGCUCGAUUCCACCCGCACAGGACAUUCCCUUCAAGCGACUGCAUAUUAGCGACGGAUCGUACGGGAGCCGAUUCUCGCACGUUGCAGAGAUGGACGUCGCAAAUGCACACGACGAGGCGGACCAUAUAUACACUCCCCAAGAGCAAUACCGGCCCGUAUCCUACCCGAGCCAACCAACCCCGCCGGCUGCAACAUAUCCUCCCCGCGAGACCGCACAAUCGCCGAAUGGCGGCUCCCAGCACUCGUCGAAUAAUAGCGGGCGCAACAGCUACUUUAACAGCCAUGCGCAGGAGGGCGAGCUGCAAGUCCCGCGCAGCACGGUUCCAAGACCCAACUCUGCAUACACACUCGGCUCAGAGCUGAACAUGCGAGGUCGCACAGAAUCCCCGCGCCUCUCUGUGGUUGGAACCCCAUCACCUAGCGGAUCACCAAACCCUUACGCCCGCCCCGUAUCAACGAGCCGCCGCUCCCCCGACUUUAGACCGGAGUCGUCUUACAUCGAUCUGACCAAUCUCCCGUACAACCAGCAAAUCGCUCCUGCGACAAACUUUGGCAAUGCAGGUCUACGGGGCGUUGUGGGGCAGAAUGCCUCCCUACUCGACGAGAAGAAGACGCUGGAAAUGUACCGGGCAAACGUCAAGAAGACACAGGAUACUGCCGUGCAAUACGAGUUUGCGCUGUUCAUGAUACAAGUGGCCCGCGAGGUUCUGGCGACAGAGAAUAGCGGUGUCGAUCACGGCAUGAACCCCACAGAGUUGCUGAAGGAAGCACGACAGAUUCUCCAAAGGUUAGCCGACCGCAGCUAUCCUUUCGCGCAGUACUACCUCGCCGAUGGGUACGCGUCCGGUCUAUUCAACAAGGACAAGCCGGACCACGAUCGUGCAUUUCCCCUCUUUGUAGCUGCUAGCAAACACGGCCAUGCUGAAUCAGGGUUCCGUGCCGCACUUUGCUACGAGUUUGGCUGGGGCUGCCGCAAGGACUACGCUAAGGCGGUUCAGUUUUACCGUGCUGCUGCGUCCAAGAAUCAUCCUGGAGCUGCGACACGACUCGGAAAGGCUUGUUUGACAGGCGAUAUGGGUCUCCAGAACAAGUACAGGGAAGGAUUGAAGUGGCUGAAGCGAGCCACCGAGUCGGCCGACUUCCAGUACAACAUUGCGCCUUAUGAGCUUGGUCUGCUGCACGAGACGGGCUUCGGAGACGACAUUUUCAAGGACGAAGUGUACGCGGUGCAGCUGUUUACCCAGUCUGCCGAACUGGGUCACCCAUUGGCCGCUUUGAAGCUGGGAGAAGCCUACGAACAUGGCCUAUUGCGCUGCCCUAAGGAUGCUGCGCUUUCCGUUCACUACUACAACUGCGCUGCUCAGGCCGAUAUCCCAGAGGCCAUGAUGAACCUCUGCGCCUGGUACAUGGUCGGUGCCGAACCUGUUCUGGAAAAGGACGAGAAUGAGGCGUACGAAUGGGCCAAGAAAGCUGCAGAGCAUGGUAAGUUUGUCGAUAACAGCGCGAAGUACAGCCCACUAAUCCCAUCAGGUCUUCCAAAAGCCGAGUAUGCCUGUGGAUACUUUACAGAAAUGGGCAUUGGCUGCCGGAGAGAUCCUCUAGAAGCAAACGUCUGGUACGUCAAAGCUGCUGAUUCCGGCGACGAGCGGGCAAAGCAGCGCCUCGCCAUCAUCCAAGCUGCGGCAUCCGGGCAGUCGCACGUCCCAGCAAGCAACAACGCCACCGAGAAGGGAAAGCUCAAGAAAGAGAAGGGCAGCAAAGAGAAGGAUGGUAAAGAGAAGGACGAAAACUGUGUGGUAAUGUAG